AUGCUCCACUGCAAGCAGAUGGAUGGCAGUGCCAUGAGGCAGAUUGAUGCCAACCUGCCUGUGGCACAGCAGAGCCACACAGAGUAUCACCCUGCAGAGCCGGGGCAGCAGCCAGGGUGCUGGGAAGUACCAAGCACAACAGGCGGGAUGGCAGCCUGCCUGCACCAGGGCUGGCUGCCUGCUCUGCUCACUGCUGUCCUGCUGAGCCAGCACAGCCCUGCCGUGGACCCUGAGCCAGUGACAUCCCAAGAUGCCGUGUUGCUGGCAGAGGUGCCCGAGGACAUCCUCUGCUUCUCCCGCUCCUUUGAGGAUCUCACGUGUUUCUGGGAUGAAGAGGAGGCGAGUGGGAUACACUGCUUCUACUACUGGUACAGCAGGGAUGCACCCACCAUGUGUGCAGUCUCCACACAGCGCCGUGGGGCCAAUGGGAUGCGGCACAUCUGCGUGUUCCCCAGCCAGGAUGUGCGGCUCUUCACCCAGCUCCACGUUCUUGUCCUGGACGCUGCCACCAACCGCACCAGGCACAGGCGGGAGCUCAGCGUGGAUGCAGUGGGUCUCAUCGCCCCACCGGUGAACAUCAGUGCCCACUGGGCCGGAGCCACAGGGCAGCUCCGUGUGUCGUGGCAGCCGCCACUUGCUGACUACCCCAACUUCUUCCUCUAUGAGGUGUGCUACCAUCCCAUGACCCCCACAGUGACACCCCGUGGCACGGCACCCGGGGACCUCCCUGCCCAUCCCACCGACGGAGCCCACCCACCUACAGCCAGGGGAGCUGCAUCCUCCCAGGGAACAGGGCAAGGGCUGGUACAGGCCAACACGUGGGUGAUUCUCCGGGAGCUGCAGCCGGGGGUGAAGUACCACAUCCAGGUGCGCAGCAAGCCUGACGGCACCUCAAUGGAUGGUGUCUGGGGGCCCUGGUCGGAGGUGGUGGUCGCAGAGACGCCCCACUCUUCUGGGGACAUUGGGCUGCACUGCAGCACUCCCGAUCUGAGGUGUGUGCGCUGUGUGUGGAGCUGGGACCCUGCAGAGCACCACAGCACCCAUGAGCUCUUCUACCGGGCAUCUCCGAGUGGGGCUGGCAUGAGGGAUGAAAUGUGGCAGCAGUGUGAAGAGGCCAGCAUGGGGACACAGGGCAGACACACCUGCACCUUCCAGCCCACGGCCGGCAGCCCCAUUGCCGUCCUGGUGAACAUCACCCAGCUGCACGACCCACCCGUGCUCAGCUACUUCAAGGAGCCCUUCUGGCUGCACCAGGCCGUGCUCACGGAGGCCCCGCGGGACGUGCAGGCGACGGCGGCACAGGGCCGGCUCACCUUGCGGUGGCUGCCGCCCCUGGAAGUGCUGGCGGAGCAACUGGAGUACCAGAUCCGCUACGCCACGGACGACAGCCUCGACUGGAAGGUGCUGCAGGUCCCGCGGGCGGCCAGGAAAGAAGUGCUGGACCUCCGGCCCGGUGCCCGUUAUCGUGCCCAGGUGCGGGCGCAGCCCUGUGGGCCGCAGUACCGGGGCAGCUGGAGUGCGUGGUCCCAGCCCGUCGCGGUCGAUGUCGUGGCUGAAGCGGGUAAGGACCAUGCGGGGCUGAGGGCGCCUGGGUGGGACGAGGAGAAUCGACCGGCUCUGCGGAAUCACCCCUCCGUGGCAGGCUGGGUGAUCCCGAGCGUGACGGUGGCACCGCUGAUCUUCACCGGAGUGCUGCUGGGGCUGCGGUGCACCUUCCCGUCCCUGUACAGCAGCGUGAAGCAGAAGCUGUGGCCGCCCGUCCCCGACCUGCACCGCGCGCUGGGUACCUUCCUGCACGACAGCCCCAAGCAGGGCCAGCCCUGCGCCUUCUACAAGCAGCCGCCGGAGGACGCCGUGCUGCCCUGCCUGCUGGAGGUGCUGCCCGGACCCCGCGGCGAGCCCGGGGAUCCUCCGCCAGAGCCCGCUGCCAGCCGCCCGGCGCCCAGCACGGACAUCGCCAACCACUCCUACCUGCUGAUGGGCGGCUGGGAGCCGCGCGGAGCGCCCUCGGCCCCUUUUCCCCCUGGGAUGUAA